CGCGCUCCUUUCCUCCGCGUCUGGUCCCAGCUGCGUCUUCCUUGCUGGGGAUCCCCCCACCCCUCGGCUUGUUCCCCGACUUUGAGAGGCGCCUCUCUCCCCAGCCCGACCGCCCAGAUGCAGUUUCGCCUCUUCUCCUUUGCGCUCGUCAUCCUCAACUGCAUGGAGUACGGCCACUGCCAAGGCGCCCGUUGGAAGCGCAGCAAGCGAGCUAGUUACAUAUCAAAUCCCAUUUGCAAGGGGUGUUUGUCUUGUUCGAAGGACAAUGGGUGCAGCCGAUGUCAACAGAAGUUGUUCUUUUUUCUUCGAAGAGAAGGCAUGCGUCAAUAUGGAGAAUGCCUACAUUCCUGCCCAUCAGGGUAUUAUGGACACCGAGCCCCAGAUAUGAACAGAUGUGCAAGAUGCAGGAUAGAAAACUGUGAUUCUUGCUUUAGCAAAGACUUUUGUACCAAGUGCAAAUUAGGCUUCUAUUUGCACAGAGGACGUUGCUUUGAUGAAUGUCCAGAUGGUUUUGCACCAUUAGAUGAAACCAUGGAAUGUGUGGAAGGAUGUGAAGUUGGUCAUUGGAGUGAAUGGGGAACGUGCAGCAGAAAUAAUCGCACCUGUGGAUUUAAAUGGGGUCUGGAAACUAGAACCAGGCAAUUGUGAAAAAAGCCAGCAAAAGAACGAUACCCUUGCCCAACAAUUGCUGAAUCCAGGAGAUGUAAGAUGGCCAUGAGACAUUGUCCAGGAGGGAAGGGAGCACGGAAGACCAAGAAGAACAAGAAGAAGAAAAGGAAGUUGAUAGAAAGGGCUCAGGAGCAGCACAGCGUCUUCUUAGCUACAGACAGAGCAAACCAGUAAAAGUGAGACACAGAAGGUGGACUUUUGGGAGGGAUGUAUUUUUUGCAACAGUGCACAAAGCUACUCUCCAUUUAUGGACAUUGGUGGGCGGCCUUAUGUAGCCCUGACCAGCAUCUGUUCCCACUAAUCUUGUGAAAGGAAGAGCCACGGGUGUGGGAUCUGUAAUUUAUGCUUUGAUUUGCAUCUGGAGACUGUGAAGGCAGGAGUUUGUGACCUGAGUCAGUGGAAGCAGGAGUCAGUGGAUCUCAAGUGACUUGACUGCGUGGGAGCCAGAGAUCCAGCCUGGCACUGCAAAGAGGCAAGAGGUGUGAGAUCACCGCUGGAGAAUGAACCCGUGCAGAUGUGUGUCAAAGGAGAUACUCAGCAGGCAAAGUGCUGUUCCACUGGGGACCUUGGCUCUCAUAGUAUGCAUUUUCAAGGAUCAAUCAUAGGUGGCUAUCUGCUUAUUGUCCCUCUACACAUGGUUUACAGCAGCUGUUACCGUAGAACUGCUAUGGGAUGAGAAUAUUUUUAGCUGGGGAGAUGCCACAGAGAUUCCUGCUCAGUGUCGCAACACCUCUAAUAUGUACAUAGUCUGCUGGGACCACAUCUAAGCCUCCGAUUUCCUGUAUAUUUAUGCUUUCAUAUGUGUACCAAGUCAUACCUGAUUAAUAUUAUGUCAUUUUUUUUUUCUAGUGGUUCCUAACCAUUGUCUGGUAACUGACCUAGUUUUUGAGAAUUGACCAGUGUUUUGUUGCCCCAUUGAAACUUUUCUUUAUGGACUUAUUUCUCAUUGUAAAGAUAGGAUAAGCUAGUUUGUAUAUACCCAAAUGACCAGAGUCAAAGAAUUUUGAAUAUUGAUAGAGCUUCCCCUUCCAUGUCCCACCAAUAAAGCAGCAUGCAGCAAUUAUCAGUCAGAAGUCUAACCUUCAGUUGAGUAGAAAUUUGUUGAUUUUUGAAACUUUGGGAAUUAUAUAUGAUCACUUGGGAUAUUCAUUAUGCAAUUUCACUAGCUAAGACUCUUUCAGAUCCUCUCAGAUAUGUAUACGUAUGUUAUAUAUGUAUCUGUGUAGACAGAUACACAACUUAAAGCAGUCCCUGAUUUGUAAUAACAGGACAACUAUCACUGUUCUUGGGUCACUGUAGAAAUUAACCCCAUCUGACCAUGUGAAGAUCUGAGAUAAUGGAUUAAUUCAUACAAUUUUCAGUUCAUAUUUUAAUAGCUAUCAAUUGAAUAAAAAUCUCCUUAAUAAUCUAAACUAAAAAAGGAAUACUCUGGAGACUUUUCAGGGGUUUUCAAGGUAUUGUUUUUAAAAACAACCUUGUCCAUUUGAUAAAAUUGGUUCUGAGAAUGUUAUGAAUUAGCUUCUUUUAGGGCAUCCUUAUUUUCUUGACUGAUCCAGAAAACUAGAAUAAGACAUGGUUGCAGUUUUUGAGGAAAUAACCAAAGCAAGGUAAUUUUUGUUGUUUGUUUAUUUUCUUAAUCACCUUGCAUUGGCAAAACUACCUCUUAGACAUUUUUGUUUAAUAUUUGAGUCAACAGCAUCUUCCCUGUGAGUGUAAAUGUCAUAUACAUCCUUAUGAAUAUAUUACUGCUAUGAGAUAAUAAGCCAUAUAUGAAUGUUGUAUACAACUUUAGGUUUUGCAUUUAACCCUAAAGUGUUUGCCUCCUUUCACAUCUAAAUACAUUAUAUACAUAUUUACUAAGUGGAGAGGAGCCUCCUUUAUAUACUGCUUCAUCCUUAAUGAGUCAGUACCUGUUCUGUUUCUGGGAUGUUCUUUUUGUGCAUUAAAAAACUUUAAAAUUA